AUGACAGCAGUGCUGGUGAAUGGAAGCAGCAUGGUGAACUCGCACUACGCCAAGUGGGACCGGCGCGACAGUGUAGAAAGCGGCUGCCAGGCAGACUGCAGCAAAGAGGCCGAGGAGGGGCAGCCGCACCAGCUGACGCCCUUUGAGAAGCUGACACAGGACAUGUCCCAAGAUGAGAAGGUGGUGAGGGAGAUCACACUGGGGAAGCGCAUUGGCUUCUACCGUAUUCGAGGGGAAAUCGGAAGUGGGAACUUUUCCCAAGUCAAGCUGGGGAUCCACUCCCUCACGAAAGAAAAGGUGGCCAUUAAGAUUCUGGACAAGACCAAGUUAGACCAGAAAACCCAAAGGCUACUAUCCCGAGAAAUUUCUAGCAUGGAAAAACUGUACCAUCCCAACAUCAUCCGCCUUUAUGAAGUUGUGGAAACCCUAUCCAAGCUCCACUUGGUGAUGGAGUACGCAGCGGGUGGGGAGCUGUUUGGAAAAAUUAGCACUGAAGGGAAGCUCUCUGAACCGGAAAGCAAGCUCAUCUUCUCCCAGAUUGUCUCUGCCGUGAAGCACAUGCAUGAAAACCAAAUUAUUCACAGAGACCUGAAGGCAGAAAAUGUAUUUUAUACCAGUAGCACUUGUGUGAAGGUGGGUGAUUUUGGAUUCAGCACGGUCAGUAAAAAAGGUGAAAUGCUGAACACCUUCUGUGGGUCUCCGCCCUACGCUGCACCUGAACUUUUCCGGGACGAGCACUACGUCGGUGUGUAUGUGGAUAUCUGGGCCUUGGGUGUGCUUUUGUACUUCAUGGUGACAGGUAUGAUGCCGUUUCGGGCAGAGACUGUGGCCAAACUAAAGAAGAGCAUUCUUGAGGGCUCCUAUCAUGUUCCCUCGCAUGUAUCGGAGCCCUGCCACCGGCUCAUCCGGGGAGUCCUUCAGCCCGUACCCACUGAGAGGUAUGGAAUCAACUACAUCAUGAACAAUGAAUGGAUGAAAGGGGUGCCGUACCCCACUCCUUUGGAACCUUUCCAACUGGAUCCUAAACAUUUGUCAGAAACCAGCACCCUCAAAGAUGAAGAAAAUGAGGUGAAAAGCACUUUGGAACAUUUGGGUAUUACAGAAGAGCAUAUCAGAAAUAACCACGGGAGAGACGCUCGAAGUUCUAUCACCGGAGUCUAUAGAAUUAUUUUGCAUAGAGUGCAAAGGAAAAAGGCUUCAGAAAAUUUACCAGUAAUGAUACUACCAGAACCCAAGGAAAAAGACCUAAAGAAAGGGUCCCGUGUCUACAGAGGUAUAAGAAACACAUCUAAAUUUUGUUCAAUUUUAUAAACUGCAUCAGACUCUUGGCAAUUCACCAAGAUCACUGUUGCUUUUUAAUUAUUUUUCAUAUACGACUUGGGUGAGGACAUUUUUGUAAUUUUUAAAUAAAUUUAAAUUUGAGAUAUGCCUUCUUCCC